GUCGGUUAGGCCGCGCGCCCUUUCCACGCCGGCCCGGCGGCGGCCCCCAGCUGAAGCAGCGGAUCAGCCGGGCGUGCAACGUGCCCGUCUACGCUGGGCGCCUGCACCUGCGGAGCAGCGGCGCCGGGCUCGAGAAGGACGACGCGUUGCUGAGCGAGCUCCCUGACCCGUUGCUGCUUCGGCUGACCCGCGUGCCGUUCGCGCGGAGGGACGGAGCGAAGCUGGCGCGGGCCGCGGCGAGCGGCAACGUCAAGAGCGUCCAGAAGUUUCUGCGGCUCCCAUCCGAUCCGAACUACGUGCGCCCCGACGGUAUGACGGCGCUGUUGCUGGCGUGCGGCGAGGGGCACAACGAGGUGGUCAGGCUCCUGUGCGAGGCGGGCGCCGAUAUUAACAUGGGCACGCCCGAGGGCGAGACGCCGCUGAUGCAGUCGGCUGAGGAGGGGCACCUGCGCGUGGUCCGCUCGCUCUGCGAGCUCCGGGCCGACGCGGGCAGGGUGAGGCAGGACGGCACGUCGGCGCUGAUGCUCGCAGCGCACCACGGUCACCUGGAGAUCGUGCAGUCCAUCUGCGAGGCCCGAGCCGAGGUGGACCUGGCUUGGAAGGACGGGGCCACCGCGCUGUUCAUGGCGGCGCAGGAGGGCAACGACUGGGUGGUCCAGUACCUGUGUGCGGCUGGCGCGGACAUGGCCAAGGCCCGGGAGGACGGCUCGACGCCCCUCAUCACCGCCGCGCAGAAGGGACACGCGGAGGUGGUCGCCAUCAUGAUUGAUUUCGGAGCCGACGUCGACCAGGUGGAAGGCAUGAGCAUGACUGCGCUGAGCAUCGCGUCUCACCAGGGCGAGUCUGAGAUCGUGACGCUGCUCUGCGAAGCGAGGGCCAACGUGGACGUGGCGAGGGAGGACGGGGCGAGCCCCAUGCUGCUUGCGGCGUUCACGGGGAACGCCGAGAUCGUUGAGGUCCUCUGCGACGCCGGCGCUGACAAGAACCAGGCCUGGCACAACGGUGCCACGCCGCUGUUCGUGUCGACGCAGAAGGGGCACGCGAAAAUCGUCAGGCUGCUGUGCGAGCGCAGUGCCGACAUGGAGAAGACCUCCACGGACGGCGCCACGCCGCUCUUCGUGGCCGCCCACCAGGGCCUCGAGGAGGUCGGCUCCAUCCUCGUCGAGGCCCGCGCGGACGCGAACAAGGCCUGGCAGGACAGCCUCACGCCGCUGGCCGUGGCGACCCAGCGGGGCCACGCCGCGAUGGUGCGAGCGCUGCUGCGCGGGGGCGCGAGCCGGGAGCCGCUGGCGGGCGACGGCCCUUCCGCGCUCGAGUUCGCCAGGGAGCACGGCCACGACGAGGUGGUCCGCCUGCUCGACCAGGAGAAUUGAGACCAUUCGCGCGCGCUGGGCACGCGGGCUUCGCCGUGCGGCCGUGCGGCCGCUUCUGUUUCCCGCCCCUCCCCAUUCGCGGGCGGUAACCCGUGCGCGGGCUGGGGUCGCGCUCGCCGCCAGGGACUGGCGGAGGAGGGCGACACAUCUCCAAUUCGGGGGCAACCCUUGUGGGGGCGAUAGCUUCCUCACGUAGUUCACCCCGAGCCCCUUAGGUUCGGCUGUUUUGUCGUGCGUCUUGCGUGCUGGCUGCCCUGAAUGGCACCCUUGCAGGCUAGCUGUUCUGAUGCGCCAGUGGGCGGCGCUUGCUGUUUGUGUAUGUGUGUAUGUGUGUGUAUGUGUGUAUGUGUGUGUGUGUGUUUGUGUG